UCGGGAGCUUUUAUUCCCAAGGAAACACGCAAAAGGAAGUGACGUUAAACAGCGUCAGCCUUUUCCGUUCUCUUUUCAUUGAGGCUCAGCUAGUGGCCGGCCUGCAAACAUGCAGAUCUUCGUGAAGACGUUGACGGGGAAGACCAUCACACUCGAGGUUGAGCCCAGCGACACUAUCGAAAAUGUCAAGGCAAAGAUUCAGGAUAAGGAAGGAAUUCCCCCUGAUCAGCAGCGUCUGAUCUUCGCUGGCAAACAGCUCGAGGAUGGACGCACACUGUCUGACUACAACAUCCAGAAAGAAUCCACUCUGCACCUGGUUCUGCGUCUGCGUGGUGGCAUCAUCGAGCCUUCUCUCAGACAGCUGGCCCAGAAAUACAACUGCGACAAGAUGAUCUGCCGCAAGUGCUAUGCCCGCCUGCACCCCCGUGCUGUCAACUGCCGCAAGAAGAAGUGUGGACACACCAACAAUCUUCGCCCCAAGAAGAAGCUGAAGUAGACGUUUCGCAAGAAUUGGCGCUCUGCCAUUUUGUGUUAAAAUAAAUGUUAGAAAAUGAUG